AUGAUGUACGAAAGUACAUGUUCGUACCAAAGUGCUUUAGACCUGAAAAGGGUGGCGAUGUCAUCACCGCCUAGUAUAAAAACAGAAAAUGACUGUCUUCCGACUACUACUCCGCAAUGGCCAUCGGUAGGAGUGGCUAGUUGUGCUUAUAGGUUUGCGUGUAAUUCCACGUUUGAACAACUCAAACAGUCAGUAGAAAAGGCAAAAGCCGCAUUACAGGAUCGCGGAAGUUAUUUAUCAUCGUGUGACCUAGGCACGUCUCCUUUUUGUCCAGCAACACCGUCAUCCAGGACGCCAGUGUCCAGUCAUCCAACUACCAAUUCACUCGAUCUAUUUCAGGAUGAACAAAAUAAUACUGACAAACGAAACAAUUACAUUGAUUCGUCAAAUAGCAGAUACGAUAAGAGUUCUGGAUUGAUGCAUUUACCAUCGUCGACUUCAAACGGUUUAUCUUCUGUAGGAAAAUCAUCGUCGUAUUUGCCAUCUUCCAUAUCAGAUUCAUUUAGAUCGUCAUCUAAAUCAGGUAUGUCAAUAAUUUAUUUGCAUUAA